AUGGGCCUGGACAACAUUGUGCUGCUGACCAUGAGGAAGAGGAAUGAGCUGAGGGUGGACAUGGAGGACUGGACUGGGGGAAAGGCCUACGCCAACUACGCCUCCAUUUCUGUGGACCCAGAGCAGUUGGGCUACACAUUACACCUGGGUGCUUUCACCACUGGUGAUGCAGGUGAUGCACUGAAGAAUCACAAUGGCAUGAAGUUCACCACCUUCGACAAAGACCAGGACACUUGGGACAAGAACUGUGCCAGCUCCUUCAUGGGCGGCUUUUGGUAUGCAAACUGCCAUGACGCCAACCCCAACGGGCUCUACAUACCGGACUCGGGUUCUCCUCAUGGGCCGGUGUACGUCAGCUGGGACACCUGGAAAGGGACCACAUACUCACUUAAGACUAUUACAAUGAAGAUGAGGUCACUGUCCCAGUGUAGCAAUUAGAUGUGUGUGUGUGUGUGUG